AUGCUGUGGCCGCGGCUGGCGGCCACUGAGUGGGCGGCGCUGGCCUGGGAGCUGCUGGGCGCCUCGGUGCUGCUGAUCGCGGUGCGCUGGCUGGUGCGGCGGUUGGACAGGCGGCCGCGGGGCCUGGGUCAGAGCGGUCCACCCGCCCCGCCGCCCCGCGCGGCCGCGGGCCCAGCCCCCGAUCCAGGUGAAAUGACAAUGGAUACCAUCUUGGCGCGAUUGAAGCUCCUAAAUCCAGAUGAGCUUAGAGAAGAGAUUGUCAAAGCUGGAUUGAAAUGUGGACCCAUUACAUCAACAACAAGGUUCAUUUUUGAGAAAAAAUUGGCUCAGGCUUUGUUAGAGCAUGGUACACUGCCUUCACACCUGCCCGACCUUGGUGCUGCAGAUGCCCCGUCCCUGGGCCAGGACACACAAAGGAUUGUGAAGUCUGCAGUAGGGAGCCCAGCUGAGCAGGUCAGCUUUUCUGAAGACAGAGACUUUGGUUAUAGUGUGGGCUUGAAUCCUCCAGAGGAAGACGUCAUGACAUCUAAGACCUGUUCAGCGCCCUUCAGUGCCUCGGGCGGCGUCAACAGCCAGAAAGCCGUGCUGAGAGCCUCCGCAGAGGCGCCUCUGUACUAUGGGGUGUGCCCAGCCUUCGAGGACACCCCGGCAAGAAAUGAAAAGAUUCACGUUUAUGAAGAUAAAAAGGAAGCCUUACAAGCUGUCAAGAUGAACAAAGGAUCCCGAUUUAAAGCUUUUACAAACCGAGAAGAUGCUGAGAAAUUUGCCAGAGGAAGUUGUGAUUAUUUCCCUUCUCCAAGCAAAACCUCUUUACCACUUUCUCCUGUGAAAACGGCGCCACUCUUUAACAAUGAUGGGUUGUACUUGUCUGAGUCAGAAACAGCAAGCAAAGAGCGAGCAAACAGCUAUAAAAAUCCGCGCACACAAGACCUGACUGCCAAACUUCGGAAAGCUGUGGAGAAGGGAGACGAAGACACCUUUUCCGACCUCAUUUGGAGUAAUCCCCGGUAUCUGAUUGGUUCGGGGGACAACCCAACCAUUGUACAGGAAGGGUGUCGGUACAAUGUCAUGCAUGUGGCUGCCAAAGAGAACCAGGCUGCUGUGUGCCAGCUCACCCUGGAGACGCUGGAGAACCCUGAGUUCAUGCGGCUCAUGUACCCGGAUGACGAGCCGCACAUGCUGGAGAAGCGCAUCUGCUACGUGGUGGACCUGUACCUCAACACACCGGACAGAGUGGGCUAUGACACACCGUUGCAUUUUGCUUGUAAGUUUGGAAACGUAGAUGUGGUCAAUGUGCUUUCUUCACACCCUUUGAUUGUAAAAAACCCAAGGAAUAAAUAUGAUAAAACACCUGAAGACGUUAUUUGUGAAAGAAGCAAAAACAAAUCUGUGGAACUGAAGGAGCGGAUUCGAGACUACUUAAAGGGUCACUACUAUGUGCCCCUCCUGAGGGCAGAGGACACGUCUUCUCCUGUGAUCGGGGAGCUGUGGUCUUCAGACCAGACCGGCGAGGUCUCUCACAUUGGCCACACUGGAUGCUUCCCCAAAGACCCUGUUCUAACCCUUCGAGCCUUCGCAGGGCCCCUGAGUCCAUCCAAGGCAGAAGAUUUUCGCCGACUCUGGAAAACCCCGCCUCGAGAGAAAGCCGGCUUCUUCCACAGUGUCAGGAAAUCUGAUCCAGAAAGAGGCAUUGAGAGAGUGGGAAGGGAGCUGGCUCAUGAACUGGGGUAUCCCUGGGUCGAAUACUGGGACUUUCUGGGCUGUUUUGUUGAUCUGUCUUCCCAGGCAGGCCUGCAAAAGCUAGAAGAAUACCUUACUCAGCAGGAAGUAGGCAAAAAACACCUGCAAGACAUGGGAGAAAAUGCAGCAUGUCGCCAGGAGGACGCUUCAGCCCUAGGCCGUCACAGGAAGUGCAGCAAUUCCAUCUCUGUGAGGGCGUUUCUAGAUGAAGAUGAUGACAUGAGCUUGGAAGAGAUAAAAAACCGGCAAAAUACAGCUCGAAACAACACCCCGCUCAGGGCAGCUGCUUUUGGAGACUUGGGGUGUGACAUCCUCCCCUUGGAGCAGACAGAACUUAUCGAAGCCUCAGCCCCAGCCAGUCCCCACAGCAGCAGAAAUGGGUUUUGCAGCCCCCUGAGGGAUGGCAAGACCCUGGGUGGGAAGAGGCCCAAGGCCCAGAGUGGGGGGGAAGACUUCCUGUCACCAGUCUCCGGCUUGACUGUUGAGUUUGAUAAAUUGAAUUUGCAGAAUCUAGAAAGUAGCUUUUCUAAGACACCAAAUCAAAGAGUGAAAACUAGAGAUAAGAAGAUCCUGACGUCAAGAGUGAAUGCAGGAGGAAGUGACGUGUUAGAACCUCUUACUGCUGAUAGACUUGGAAAUAACCAGGGAAGGACAGAAAAUGAGAUGUCUGCUGGAAUUGCUAACAUGUGCCUGAAUCCGGACAGUUCCAUGCACGAGCCCCGCUAUGGCAAUGGCUCGGAGCCCUCGGAGGUUCUCACCUCGAAGGACUCUGUCCAGAGGCUCUUCCUUUCUGGAGAAGAGCCAUCAAAACUGGAUCGGGAUGUUCUGGCAGCCCUGGAGUGCACGGACGUGGACCCUCGCCAGUACCCAGCCAUACACAGGUGGAGGAGCGCUGUCCUUUGCUACUCACCUUCGGACAGACAGAGCUGGUCCAGCCCCUCGCUGAAAGGGAAGUUGAAGUCUCAGCUCCUGGACGUCAGUGGCCCUCCUAGCGGCAGCCCUGGGAGAAGCAGCCCCGCAGGCGGCAGCCCUGGGAAGCCUGGCUCCACACCUCACGUCUCUGGCCUGGGCAGCCCCGGGCGCUACAGUCCCGCCAACGGGGGCCACCUCCGCCGGAUGGCACGCCUGGCCCAGCUUGCCACCUUGUAG